AUGAAUCAUUUUAUACUUGGCAGCUUCACGCAGAAGUGGCUUAUGCUGAAGAAGCACCUCGAUUGUCGCGCCGAGUAUCGUAAGCUGCGCACAGGGAAUCGUCAGUAUCUUUCUUUCGUACUUGACUUGUCAGAAAUUGUUGACGCAAUGUUCCGUCGUGAGCCCAUUCGCGUGAACGACGCCCGUACCGCCGUUGAUAAUGAUCAAGGCCUAAAAGUCCCGGGAGAGCUAGCUUCCAUGUGUGCUGUUACUGAAGCAGAAAUGGCUACCCGGUCGUGA